AUGGCUGCUGAACGCUUGCCACUUAAGCAGACCCAGCUCUCCAAUCACACGAACCUUCACGACAUCAUCACUGAUAUUAUGCAGCGUCUUGACAAAUUGUUCAAUGACUUCUGGGAGAGACUUCAAAGCCGCAAGCAGACAGCACAGAUAAAGCAUCAAGACCUCCUGGAAGUGGGUAAGAAGGGUCGCGGGCAGCGGGGAGCGAGGAAGUCACCCUCUGGCAAAGUACCAGUACACCAACCAAUACUUACUCGUCCUAGUCCACCCGAGCUGAAGGCCAAGAGGGUCCUGACUGUCAUACGAGAAGGAAACUCGUGCUCCGGAAGCAGAUGA